CCCUAGUGUUGUCAAGCGCCACGCAGCUAAAAGCAAUUCUCAUUUCACCUUCCGUUGCCGUCUAGAAGAAAAUGCUAAUUAUUUGUUAUAGGCCGCUGUAAUUUGUUAAAACCUCGGUAUCCACGCGAAAGGAGCCUUCUCCAACGUGUACGUGUGUGUGCUUGGGCACCGCCGUCCGUGUGUGAGUGUGCAAGUGCAUGUGUAUGUGUAUGGCUACCUGGUGCAAAGUAAACUGAAAAAAAGUAAGAAAGGUCGACGGAGCUGUCUCAGCUGCCUGCGUGCCAUUUUUCUUUCUUCUUCGCGGUUGGAAAGCGAGUGACUGCUGGUCGCAGGGCGAAACCAUGAACUCCACUAGCAAUCUGGCGGACGUGGUGCGGCACUACCAGCGCAGCAUUGAGAAGCACAGCGACAACGAAAAGCGGCUGGUGCAUUGCAUGAACAAGCUGUUCAACCUCCCCAUCAAAUUCGAGCACCUGCAGGAGACCGGCAUUGGCAAGACCGUGAAUGCCCUGCGCAAGUUCAACGGGGAAGUGGGCCAGUCUGCCAAAACGCUCAUUACAAAAUGGAAAGCCAUGGUGACCGCCGAAGAGGGCUCCUCGUCAGAGGUCCCACUAGCGGCCAGCAGUCAGGAAGAGGACUCCGGAAAGUCAAACGGUCGAAGGUCCAGCGACGAGGAUCUUGACCAGGAGAACAAGGGCAGUAACUCAUCCAGUGGCGAGGAGCGACAUACUAGCGAGCACAGAUCAAGGCAUGAAGAACGAAAUGAUAAGAGCUCCAAGCAGGAGCGAAGCGGGAGCAGUAAAAGUCACUCCAAGAGCUCGUCGGAUUCGAACAGAAAGCACAAGAGCAGUCGCCACGACAAAUCCAAGGAAAGGGACAAGGACAAAGACAAGGAGGACCACAAGGAAAAGAGGUCGAAUGGCGACCACAAGUCCAGGGAUUCCAGUCAGUCAAACAGUAAUAAGAGCAGCAAAUCCGAUGCACAUAAAAGCGAGCACAGCAAAUCCAAGCAUGAAAAGGAAAAGCCGCACAAGGACAAGUCAAGCAAACACCACAAGUCGUCUUCGAAGUCAUCUAAGCGGUCACACAGCCCACAACGUGCCGACGAGGAUUCGAGCAAGGCAAAGAUACCAAAAACGAAAGCUAAGUCCGAAGAGGACUCCCCCGAUGGCUUUGACUCGAGCAUGGGCGCCAACUUUGACGACGUUCUCGGCAUGCUUAACAUGCCCAUGAGCAACAAGAAAAGCACCAGCGGCAAGAGCAAGUCUGUCGCUAAGAUAACAGCCUCAACCUCAUCCUCGUCAACUCCAGUCGCUCCGGCGGCAACCUCUAGAGAUGCCUUCAUGAGCAGUCGUCCGUCCUCCACAAAAAAACCCGAGUUACUAGCAUCGUCGGCCAAGCUGGAACCCUUGGAUCCGAGCAUUGCCUUGGAGUUGCCAACUAUUUCCAACAACUACAAGCCUUUGCCCUUGAAUCAAACCGUGAUGGACGUGGUUUUCAACCAGGGCGGUACCCAGAGGUCCCAGACUUCUCGAUUCAAUGAGUCUGAGGCUUUGGCUCAGGGCAUUUCUUCAAAAACCAUGCGCACCAAGAUCUACUCGGGCGUAAGAACUGGCCAACUCCUGCAGGUGCCCUCACUUUUUGAUCUGUGCACGCGCAUUCUCCAAAAGAACCUUGAUGCGCUCGAAUACACUGGUGGCGUGCCCUUUGAGAUCCUUCGAACCGUUCUGGAACGCGCCACGCCACAGCAACUGCUAAACAUCGAGGAGUACAACCCUUAUCUAAUGGACGACAGUGACAUCUUGUGGCAGCAGCAUGUCCAGCGACACUGUCGUAGUCAGCGACGUGAGGAGAUGGAAACGUGGCGCGAAAUGUUCCUGCGCUGCCAAGAGGAGAAAGAUCGUAAGCUUAGUAGCCUGGCCGAAAGUAUUAAGGCCUCACAAAAGAUCAGCGAGGCGCCCGUGCGCAAAACACAGCUCGCCUUUGUGGACUCCAUGGUGAAGCCGCCGCGCAGUGUGAUGCGAAAGCAGGAGCAAUAUGGCACCAAAUCCAAACUCAUUGCCACACCAGCUGCCCGAGUAGCCGCUUUGUCCAGCGUAACGCCUAACGCCGCCAAGGUGGGGGAUGCCCGUCUGCGUGUCUUGGCCGCUACCCGCGACACUGCCCAAGUUGCUGCCGUGCCGCGGAACAAGAAGGCACCGCUGAUGGCCAAGACCUUGCAAGACCUAAUGCGCGGACGGCAGAGGCGAUAAACGAUUGAAAGCAGCAGACAAACUGGCAAGCAUAUUAAGAUGCGUCUAUUCGUUAUAGUUACAAUCCUUAUACUCAAAUUGUUCAUCAACAACAGAAGGAUAAGCCAACCAGAUUUGGCAGAAACUUUGGGGUUUAGUAAAGCGAGAUUGUAUUGGACUUUGUCUUACCCAGUGCGCCGAGCAACCCGAAUGCUACUGUCUCUAAAGCAUACCGCGCAUGCUAUUUAUUAUUUAUUCAUGUCUUUGUCUCACAUUAAUUAUACAUAUUUACAAAAAUUAAGUUUACUCUGAGACGGAUAACGAUUGUAUAUUGAAUAAGAUUAUGUUUUUGUAGCAUUCUGCGCAGAUUUUCAACGAAAUUAGAUUAUUUUCAGGUUAAUCCUUCUAUGGAACUGCAACUGGAAAACAGCGGCGAGCGGUUCCACCUUCACUUUUAAACUUAUGUACGUUCAAUGUUCAUUUGUGCUAGAGGGCUGUGCGAGUGUCCAAAAUCCAAUAUAGUGUAUAUAAAUGCGUGUAAUUAACGCAAAAUCUUA